GCUCAGACGCACAAUUCCCGCGCUUAUUUACACAACUAAGUCGACUCCCUACCUACAUCCAUUCAGUUUUGGCUACUCGCGGUAUUGACCGCUAAUUUCUCGGUCAGUAUUAAGUUGACCGGCCGCGAAUCUAACACGUGGUGGUGUCUCGAGCGGGCCAAACAUGCCACAGUGCAAUUUCGCUUCGACCUAGAACCCCCGCUGUGAUCCAGUGUGUAAACAUUUGUUUCGAAAUGUGUUAAAAGAGUCGGUUGGUGUAAACAGCGCGCGAGAUUAUUAAAAAUGGAGAAACAAAAAAAGUGUGAUUCAGAAACGAAGAUUGAUUUGGCCAAGAAAACGGGUAGUUUAUCAAGUGCGAACCGUGAAUCGACGUCGUCAGCUUUGCAGGAAGGUGUUGUUCAGGCGUCGUCUAGACCGCCGCAAAGGAGUACCACGCGACGAGCUCAACAGCAUAUUGACGCCGCGCCAUUGCCGGCUACGGACUCACGGGAGGAGCGAAAGGCCAAUGGAAGAUUUAUAGCAGUUUGCGUUGCCUUGUUCCUCGUGUUCCUCGGAAUAUAUCACGCGUGGCUGCGGCGAACAGCCGUUGUAGCGGGAGUUAUCGUUCCGGUACUAAUCAUGCUUCUCUACACCGCUUGGGUUCUUUAUUCGGCUAAGCGACACAAGCGGAAAAUGAUGCUGCUAAGAAAUGCAGCUUCAUUAAAUUCUGUCAACUGUUUGGACAAAGAUUCCGUUGCUCCCCAUUCGGAUGUUCCCUUGAAAACGAAAGAAAAUCUCCAAACCCCGAACAGCAAUUCGCAGAAAACUGGUUCUGUGCGAUACUCAAACAUCAAUGAAAUACCAUCUACCUCAUCACGAAGUCACUCAAAGGAUACCAACUUGCGAAAGCACGAACAGCAUGACAGGAGCCGAUCCGGAGCAGCUAAUAAAUCAUCAGUAAAAGUUCUACCACGGCAGCAAUCGUCGAUUACUCCGAUGAGCCUGAAGGAAAUCCCUCAACAACGACGACUCUCUCUGGAUCCCCAUAUGGCCCACAUGAUUGUCAAGAAUGAACUGGACAAGGAUAGGCAUGGCAGUUUGCGAAGUGUUGAGAAUGCAAAGGGUAACAAGAAGCCAAAGAGCAAUAAAGAAAAAGUUGGGUUUACUAUUUAUUAAAUGUAAUGUUUGGUUAAUAAAACAAAUUGUUUGUAUGAACUAUGAA